CCCAGUUCCCGGCGUGCCGCGCGCGGCGGGGCUCUUUGGCCUCCAGAGCGGGCUCUAUUGGGAGUUGUAGUUCGAGCGGCUGCGCGCCCUUCGGCGGGGACACCCGGCCUCUGCCGCCCGAUUGGCCUCUGAUCCUGUAAAGAAGCAAUUGCCCUGUGAUUAACUCCUGAUGCAGUUUUGAUUCAGGAUUAUUGUUUGAACUGUUGAAGAUGUCAUCAGGCCUUACAGAGGAGCAAAAGAGAAGAAUCGAAGAGAACCGCCAGAAGGCCUUGGCUAGGAGAGCAGAGAGACUAGCAGCCCAGAAAGGUGGGCAGGUAGGGAACACUGGACCUCAGCUGAAAGAGCACAGUCUACACAAUCAGGGAAACUUGAAGCAAGAAAACGAUCAUGUCAGGUUCAUUAGCCAGCACCAACGGAAUCCGAACAGUCCUGUGGAGCAGAAGAGCUAUCUUCAUAAAGAUUAUAAUCAUUACACUACAAACCAACAGAUGGCUGGUUCACAUGGAGAGCAACAAAAGAAUUAUUCAGAGGACUCAGAACAAGCAAGUGGCAUUAAGCAAUUCCCUACAGUGAUCCCGAAUUCUCUGAGUUGUUUCCAUCAACAUAACUCAGAUGCUGAUGGCCAGAAACAUAGUCAACAAGCUUUAAUUAAUCUUGGUCCAUUCCAGCAGUCCAAGUACUACCCAGCUUUCAAAAACCCUACAGAACCAUCUCAGUCUAGAUUAACUGAUAACUGGCACCCUGAUGAUAUUAAAGAUUUACAAAGCCAGAGCAAAUCUGCCAUUAAAUAUGUUUUACUGCCAAGCAGCACCACCCUGAGUGAUUCAGAAAUGCUGAUAAACACAGGCAGAUCAACAGAAAGAGAGGGGGGAGGUGGUGCCUCUCAGGCCAGUGGUAAGAUGCAGAAGGUGACCAGCUCUGCUGGUGCAGGCUCUGCAUCUGAAGCUGUCUUGCACAAGAAAGCACACAGUGUUACAAAAGGAAAGUGUGUGAAAUACGGGGAAGACCGAUUCCAGGUUGAAAUAGGGUAUAAUGCUGAACUCAUUGCUGUGUUUAAGAAGAUACCAAGCAAAAGCUAUGAUCCUACUAUGAAAAAAUGGAAUUUCAGCCUGGAAGAUUACAGCAGUUUCAUUGAAGCAGCAAAUCAACUUUCCUCAGUAAUUCUGGUACCGCUGGAAGGAGAAAAUGCUGUGGACUUGGUGUCAGGCUCUCGUUUCAUCAGCAGUGGGACUGAUGUGAAAUCCCUCUUGAAGAUGUGCAACAACUGGAAGAAACCCUCAGCCCUUGUCAAAGGGAAGUGUGUGCUGAUCUCUCGCUUCCGGUUUGAGGUUGAUAUUGGGUAUUCUGCAGAAGUGAUUGGAGUGUUCAAACAGAUGAAUUCCAGAAACUAUGAUAUGAAGACCAGAAAAUGGAGUUUCCUGCUGGAGGACUAUCCCAAACUAAUGGAAGCAGUACAGAGCCUUGCGUCAGUAGAAGUGGAGCCACUGCCCAAGGCAGUAGUACAGACCUUUGCUACUCAAAUAGAGAGAUUUACGUCGCAGACGGUGGACUUUCCUGAUGCUGACCUCUCAGAGGUGGACUCCAAAAUUGUGACAAGCCUCAUGCCCUUUCAACGGGAAGGUGUGAAUUUUGCAAUUUUAAGAAAUGGACGUUUACUUCUUGCGGAUGACAUGGGCUUGGGCAAGACUAUCCAGGCGAUCUGCAUUGCUGCUUAUUACCGAAAGGAAUGGCCCUUGCUGGUGGUGACUCCUUCCUCUGUGAGGUUUACAUGGGCAGAGGCAUUUCACAGGUGGCUUCCAUCCUUGAGUCCAGGUAGCACCAACGUCAUAGUGACUGGCAAAGACAACCUAAUGGCAAGCUUGGUUAACAUUAUUAGCUUUGACCUCCUCAGCAAGAUGGACAAGCAUCUCAAAGGCACUUUCCAAGUAGUUAUUAUUGAUGAAUCGCAUUUCCUAAAGAACAUAAAAACUGCACGAUGCCGAGCUGCCAUGCCUCUUCUCAAGGCUGCUAGGAGAGUGAUCUUGCUUUCAGGAACCCCUGCCAUGUCACGGCCCGCAGAGCUCUACACGCAGAUUGCGGCUGUCCAGCCAGCCUUCUUCCCUCAGUUCCAUUCCUUUGGCCUCCGCUACUGUGAUGCCAAGAAGAUGCCAUGGGGAUGGGACUACUCUGGAUCAUCCAACUUAACUGAACUGAAAGUUUUGCUGGAAGAGUCCAUCAUGAUCCGACGUCUGAAAUCAGAUGUGCUUUCCCAGCUUCCAGCAAAACAACGCAAAAUGGUUCUGGUGGCUCCUGAAGGCAUUAACGCAAAAACCAAAGCUGUCUUGGCAGCUGCAGCAAAGAAGAUGGCCAAAGGAUAUGAAAGUAAACAACAGGAAAAGGAAGCUCUUCUCCUCUUCUACAACAGAACGGCAGAAGCUAAAAUCCACUCAGUCGUAGAAUACAUCCUGGAGUUACUGGAGAGUGGGAAAGAUAAAUUCCUGGUGUUUGCUCAUCACAAGAUAGUGCUGGAUGCAAUAGUUGCAGAGCUGGCAAAGAAACGUGUUGAGUACAUUCGCAUUGAUGGCUCCACACCUUCAGCUGAGCGUCAGUCUCUGUGCCAGAAGUUCCAGUUCUCAGAGAAGCAGACUGUGGCUGUGCUGUCCCUCACUGCUGCAAACAUGGGCCUAACGUUGUCUGCUGCGGACCUGGUGGUGUUUGCAGAGCUCUUCUGGAAUCCAGGGGUUUUGAUCCAAGCAGAAGAUCGGGCACAUCGAAUUGGACAGACGAGCUCUGUUAACGUUCACUACCUGGUAGCUAAAGGCACAGCAGAUGACUACUUAUGGCCAAUGAUUCAAGAGAAAAUAAAAGUGCUGGGUGAAGCUGGUCUUUCUGAAGCCAAUUUCUCUGAAACAGCUGAACCCACUGAUUACUACCCUAAGUCAGAUCCAAAGCAGAAGACCAUCUAUGACCUUUUCCAGAGGACCUUCUCUGAGAACAGAGAUGACACUGAUGAAGUUUUGCAUUUGGAGGCAGCUGAUGCUUGCUUUGACUUUGAUCCUGAAAGUGCCUUACAGGAUAUGGAAGGAGAGAGAUACUCAGCUUCCUGUAGGAACCGCUAGGGUGAAGGACCCAGCUCACCCGGAUGGCGUGUGAACGGGGGGUCUCUGCGGUGGCAAUGAGGUGAGUGUUGCUACUCUGCCAGAAAUACCUAGGGGUGGUUUCACCAGGUGGGCUCAGCAGUCCUCUGCUCCCUCUUUGUGCAAAGUGACGAAUUACGGCUAGUUUUGAACAUUAAAAACCUCUCAGCCUAACCAGAUUAUUUCUUAAUGGAGGUUAAUGGGUUGUUAAUCCUGUUAUGAGCUUUGUAACUCAGUGGCGUCGGUGUAUGUUUCACUCAUGUACGUCUGCUCCACUUGGUCUGAGCGAUGGCGAAAUCCCUCCCUGGGUCGCACCACCCAGACUGUGCUUUAUUUCAGUGUCUGGCCCUGUGCUUUUGUAUUUAUGAUAAAGGCAUAUAGCAUUUUUUGGGUGUCUGUGGGGUACUGUCUGGGCCCUGGCAAUCCACUUCUGAGCCUGGGGCGCAACAAGGUUUUAUGCCUGUUUGGCUCAAUACUUGGUGACCAACAAGGAAAUCUGAUUGGUUGCACCUUACUGUGUAUCUGUGUAGUUUAAAAUCUUUGUUUUGGGGUCUGGUGUCUUUAAGGUUGAGAAUUUAUCCUCAAUAGUUUCUCUUUCCUUCUAAACUCCAGACUAGUUUGCUGUUCCUCUUUUAUUCUAACAUCUACCUAUUACUGGUUUUUUUUUUUUUUUUUUU